GCCAGAGGGAAAGACAUGUAUGCGUACAUCACAAUCAAACAACACCCCCUUCUUUAAAGUCGUUUAAGUGUAAUUGAUAUCGACUCUGACGAAAAAACGGCUGGACUUUCUUUAUUUUGAGGCAGAGAAAUGAAAGUAAGCAAGGAGUCCGCUGUGAAGGAUGGACUCUAAGACACCCUUGGAUCACAGAUAAACCUCACAGUACAGAAAUGGCCAGCUGUUUAAAGUCUGAGAGGAUGCUGCCCUCAUCAAGUUCAAAUGAAGCAUAAAGUUGUGGAGGAUGGGUGGUGCUGGUGUUGACAGAAAUGUUAGAAAGCUAGAUAAACUAGUUGUAUUAGUUGGUGAGGAAGUGUAGUCAGGAGAGCUGCACUUUGCCACAGAAUCAUCAAAUCAUUUACCUGUGGCCUUGAGUCCAAGAAGCCAUUUUGAGAGUUAAUACAGCAGAUAAAAAAAUAAUUCGCUGAUGGAGUACAGUGAAAGGGUGCUGUGUGGGACAGGGGAGGUGGAACUAGAUCCCAACAUUGUGAGUGAGGAGGCUGGAAAACUGUAUUCAGAACUACAGACAGUUAUUGAGACCCAUGGCGAAGGUGUGGUUGAAUCCCUGGUACCUAUAUUUGUGUGGGUCCUGGAGGGGCUGGCCAGCUGCAAAGCCCAGCUGAGAGACAGGGAGGAGGAGGCGGAAAGGGAGAAAGCUGAGCGAGAAGAGCUGCUGGAGAGAUACCAAGCAGAAAAAACACUGAGGAAAGAUAGUCAAGAGAGGUAUCUGGAGCUGGAUGACCAAAUUGAACAGGAGAGGAGAGCCAUGAGGGGAAGGGAAAAGGAGAGAGAACGACGACAGAAAGAGCUAGAGAAGAAAGCAAGAGAGCAAGCUGAUCAGUUGGUGGCCUUGGAGGAGCAGAAAGCAAAUCUGAGUAGAGAACUGAGCACACUGAGGCAUACUCACAACAAGUUGGCUCACACGUAUCGGGAACUUCUGGAAAAGAGAAAGGAUUCUGAAAGGGAUUCUCCUUUAAGGAAUCAUGUACGUCCUAAGAAUGCUGAAUUUCCAUCCAACCAAGUUUUGUCAGAAUCCAGUGUUAAUGAAAAGCAGAUGAUUCAAAGACCACAUUCGCUCUCUGGUCCCCCCUGUCUGGAAGAUCUGGUUGCCAAGGAAGAAGCAGUAAACUCCACCACAGAUCAGUUUGUCGAUGAUAUCAUAAGCUCCACUCCUGAGCUGGCACAGUUUCAUGGCUGUGUGGAUGCAAGUACUCCAGAUAGACCUAAUACAGAGGAGUCACUGAGAGACGAGUCGGAGACCAGCUUGGAGGAUGAAAUGAGGACGGUGGAGGAUGAGGGAGAGAAGGAACACAAAGUUGAAGAGGGGAACAGGCUUGAAAAAGAGGAUGAAGUGGAGGAAGAUGAUAGCAUGGAGUGGGAGCUACGCAACAACGACUCUGUGUUUUCUGAACUGUCAGAGCUGAGUCGGGAUUACGUGGAGAGCGUAGACCGAGGGGCCAGUGUCAGAGGCAGUGCAGACCAGUUUGAGGAGAUUCUUUCUCAGUAUGAGGAACUGAAAGUCACCCAUGAGUUAGUAGAAGCUGCCCGUAAGGCUCUGAUAUCUCGGGUGGUUGAGCUGUCUGAUGACCGUUCAGCUCUUAAACUGGAAGUGACCUCUCUUCAGGAAACAGUCUCUCGACUAGAGGGGCGGAUGAAGGAGAAAGAGGAGGAAACGAAGAGACUUCGGAAAGAACUGGAAGCUUGCCAAGUGGAGGAUUCUGAUGCCUCUCUUAUCACAUCCAUGCGCCACUUCUCUCGUUCUGAAAUGGCUCGUGUUGUUAUGGAGAAGAACCAGUACAAGCAGCGUCUGUUCGAGCUGCAGGAGGCAGUAAGACGUAGUCAGACACUCAGAGCAACAAAGGAAGAGAGACUAACAGAGGAUAAAAGGUCAAGUGUUUGGAGAAAGUUCAACCGCUUGUUUGGCUUGUCCAAGGAGCCGUUUAUCCCACCUCCUGCUUCUGCAUUCCCCCUGCCAGCUUCCCCAUCAGUCUCUCGCACUCCUGUGGGGUCUCCACAGCUACCAGCUGUCAGUCAGACUCAGGCUGAGUCUGCUUCUCAUGCUGCUCUCUCACCUCGUGUCAGGAGGAGGGAGCUCUACAGAGAAAUUCGCUCACACAUUUGGGGAACUCUGGGAAAACAGCAGAUACAUGGCUGGAGCACACCACUGGCAAACACCCAGGAGUCACAGGAACCUGUCCCAGAGCCUAAAGAUGUGCCUGUUCUAGUGCAGCUCAGGCUGUUGGAUCAAAGAGACUCCACUGCUAAGCUGAACUGUGCUGUUGCUGUCACACCUGACGUCUCGGGAGAGGCCACAUGUUCUGUGUGGGUAGUUUCUGGUCCUGCCUCCAGCAGUGAUAUUACAGUGAUUGAUCCUGCACGGUCCAACACAGUACUGGAUCAGUUCAGCCUCCCUCCCACAGCUCCUGCACUCUGCAUCUCUGCUGUGCCUCCCAUAGGUGACACUGCAGGAACUGUGUGGAUUGGAACUCAGGAAGGAAGUAUACUGGUACACUCAGCCUCUGCUGGCAGGAGGCGCUGUCUGCAGUCGGUUUCCCUCUCAGAGGGUGUUCACUCACUCACGUAUACCCAGGGUCAAGUCAUAGCUGGUUUAGCUGAUGGGACUUUAGCCUUUUUCUCACACAGUUCAGGUGGCUGGAAUCUGCAGUCACACUCAGUGAUGCCGCUUGGAGCAAACCCUUUGCAGCCCAUUCGCUGCUGCCUCGCAAAAGGCGGCCGCUUUUGGGUGGGAUACUGGAACAGAGUCCAUGUGGUUGACAUUGAGAGCAAGAAGGUUGAGCAAACAUUCUCAGUGUCUGAGCGCAACGAGCAGCAGGUUCGUUUCCUUUGUGCUGGUGGAAGUGGUGUUUGGACGUCUUGUCGUCUCGACCCAGUCCUCAGGCUGUAUGACUGGACCACUGGCCGGCCACUUCAGGAAGUCGAUUUUGCUGCUUUGGUCACUAAAACAUUAGGCCAGCCCUUCCUGACACUCUCACCUCUCCAGAUCUCGUCUCUCACAGUCAUCUCUGGCCGUCUGUGGGUGGGCACCGGAGGUGGUGCCAUUUUCUCCAUCCCAUUAUCCAUCACAUCAGAAGACAUUUCCAUCCCGUAUUGCUCCAUUGCAUCAGCCCAGCUGUGUUACCAUGGACACAGGCAAGCUGUCAGAUUCAUCAUUGCUGCAUCAGGUUGUUUGAUGACCUCUCCUGGCAGCAGCACUGUUACUACCUCUCAGCUCAUCCUCAGUGGAGGAGAGGGCUACAUCAACUUCAGAAUUGGAGACGACGCAAGCGACGGAUCGAUUGAGCUGUCCCAAGCUACACCGCAACGGUCUGAACGCAGUCACAUGAUCAUUUGGCAGAAUCCCACCCCAUCUGUGCCCAGCCCUGCCCUCUGACAUGGUUCACCUCUGAAGUUCUGCCUUUUUUUGAACAAGAUAAAGAUCAAACAGACCAUUGGAAAUUGAUGGAACUGAAUGAGCCAACUUCUUGGUGUGGCAGCAAUAAAAGUAUCCUUUAGAAAAUAUAGGAUUUAUGCUGUUUCAUCCUUCUUUACCUCAUUUAUUUUUUUACAUCUCUCUUUUUACUGGAUUGUCCUAAUCUAUGAUGAUGCCUUACUGUGUGCCUAGGUCACCUGCCUGAUUGUCACCAGAUCAUUUUAACCUUUGCAGUAACAAUGCAUUUAGUUUCACUGACAGACAGCUCUGAUACAUUUUCUACUGCUUGUUGAAGAACGUGCAGAGUCGUUGUUCACAUCCUCAUUCCAUCAAGUGGCACCAUGUCUCUCUGUGAUACAUGUUUUGAUCUUAAAGUUAGACUUGAUUAUGUGGCUGCUCUUGAAGCUGCUGUGUACAGACUUUGUUGUUAAAUGUAAACUGGAAACUGGUGUUAACUCUCCUGUCAGCGUAAAGACAAUCAGACACUCAUCUCUUCUCUCCUGAUGCUGCAUUGAGAUUGGUGAUAACUUUUGUGAUGUGUAUUUUUGCAAAAUCUAGCCUAAGUAUUAACUCAGAUUCUACCCUUCCACAUCGCAUGUGGUGUAGUUACAAAUAACUGCACAUUAUAAAUGUUUGUACAUGUGUGUCUGAUAUCCUAUCUCCUAAAGGAACGAUUUCAGUGCCUGUCCUCAGAAGUUAUUUAUUUUCUCCAUCAGCUCUUUGAAUAGCAUGAAAUGCUUUUGGUGUCUUAAGUUAUUUUAGGUUUCAUUUGAUUUCAGUAUCUUUUGUAAAAUAAGGGAGAUAAAUUCCUUCAAGUGUCUUUUGCAGUAUUUAUGUGCAAUUACAAGUUUGUGCACACAUGUUGUCAUAGUAGCUCCUCAUCCUUCUUGGUAAGACAAUUAAGACUUGAGUAUUGGUGUUGGCUCAGCUGUGUCCACACAUUAUUAUCAUCAUCAUCAUUAAAAAUGACAUCAAUGGUUAAUGUAGUAACUUUGA